AUGGACAUUGCUGCAGAAGAGACAUCGUCACCUCUUCAAGGUUUUAAGUAUGUGAAACCAUUCUCCAAUUUCUUUCAAGCCGCCAAACAACGAUUUGCAAACCUCGAUCCGGAGAGCGGAGUUCAUCUUGUUGGACCAAUGUUCGAACUUACUGCUUGUAUAGAUAAAGAGAAACGUAUCCAGGAUUUUGAUGCCCUUUACCCGGAAACUGGGGUAUCCUUCGGUCCGACCAUCUGCUCCUUUGGUCUUCCUUACAAUGACCAUAACUAUGCUCUGCCAGUUGGACUGACGCCUCCAGCCAUGGCUCCUCAUCUUAUGGAUAUCAACUUCACUCAUAAACCAUCUGUUCUCACCAUACCAUUUGAAGUCGCCAAACCACCGGUUGAGUCUAGGUCAGCGUCUGGGACAGCACCAGUCGUUGAUCUCGACGAAAACGGACAGGAUGUUUCUCUAUCGAGGUCUCUUAUCAAAACCAAAGGUGUGAAAUCAUCGAAUGCCUCCUCCUCAACCUCAUCGAAGCUCGCCUCCUCACAAAAUAAAUCAGCGCCUCUUGACAUUGCUUCAUUGGAUGAAUCUACUGCGGGCCUCUCUGAGUCAAAAAAAGCACUGUUUGCUGCAUGGCACGCCAAGGCCGCGGCUAGCGGUGGUACUCUGCUUGUGCAACAGCGUUGGAAAGUCCAGGAAAGUGAUCAACAGUCGGCACAACAACAACAACAACAACAGCAACAGGUGGAGACACUGACACAAGCUGCUGGUAAGGACCAGGUUUUAUUCUCAGUACCGCGCUACUGCAAAAGCGUCACAAAGGAAUCCGAAGGAGAGCGAGUGUAUAUUGAAUCGGAUAUGAAGGUAAUCGAAGUUCCAGAGGAUCUUUGUGUUUCACCGUCAAAGCUCAGCAGUCUCGAAAGUUCGGACGAAGAGGACUCUGAUACCGAAGCCUCUAAUAUUCCCGGUCAGAGCUCACGCCGAUCUGCAGCUGAUCCUGGUCCUAAACCCGCUAUGUGGUCUACAGUAAACUGUCUUUGCGAUGUUAAGGUUGGAGACUCAAGAAUGCUGCAGUGUCUCAAUUGCCGUUACUUACAACAUAUGGAAUGCAUGGAGAUAGUGUACGAGGAUGGAGCGUGCAUAGACGAAUCUGAUCCCACAAAUGUAACUCCCAAAGAGAAACUCUUAGAUCCCUCCGUCUAUCUCUGUCCCUCAUGUCUGCGGCCAGCCUUCAAUGUCCGCUCAGAAGUGGUGGAACGCGUUCUCUCCGCGCUGAAGCAGCGCGAGUCGGCAAAGCAAUUGAAUCUGCUCUCCCUUAUUCAUCACCACGCAGGCAAAAGCGAAGUCCUUAAGCAUCCAAUCGGUGGCGCCCAGCUUCUGGCCACUGCCACAGAUAGGGCCCGCCAACUCGGCCUUAUCGGUGGCAGUAGCGCCCCAUCCGGCUCACGAGGCACCACCUUCCCAAACACUGAUGAACGUCAUAAGAUGAAUUGUCUUGAACGUCAGAAUAACGAGACUACAGAUGUCAAUCGUCGAAUCCCUUCUCCACCGAGAGCGUCCAAACGGAAACAGGAUCUUACUACCACGUCAUAUGAUGUCGAAGCAUUGCAGUCUUCCUCGAAGGUCAGUGUGGCUAACGAAUCCGCUAUUACAGAAAGUCCAUCAAGCACUGUUACUACACCUACUGUGAGCACUCUGAGUACCCCAGCUGAGACUCCAGUAAGGCAAAUCACACCUUUUCAACUUUCCUACCAUCAUCAUAUGAAAAUCUACUCUGCUGAAGGCACUGUCGAUCGCUCACCCUCCAGUCCCAUUGUUACUGUUUCCGCGGAAUCCACCCCCACCACCAGUCCCAUGGCCUUAGGCGUGGGUGGCAGCAGGAAGAAGCAGAGAAUGUCGGCUUUUGGCGAUUCGCCGCUGCGUCUGUCGAUGGGCAAGCGCGGAAACAUAGUAGGUUCAACUCUGGGCUCGGCCUGGGCGAAGGACUACAAGGAGGCUGAUGUGAGCUUUUACUCCGAAAAUCUCCUUGCAUUUGUGGCGCAGCGCAUCGCCAGUGGUCGAGAACGUGUUCAGCGGCUCCCUCCAACCUGUCUUGGUAGGACUCCGCUCUGCCGAGUUGUCAUGUUUGAUCACAACGACAAGGGUCUUGAAGCGUCGGCUCGGCUUGGAAAGGGCGAGGUUGUGACGGAGAUUCGAGGAAACCUCAUGCUUUUGGAAGAAUAUGAACAUUUCAUCGAUCCCAUCAAUGACUACAAUCGCUAUGUCAUGAUUUACCACAACUUUGGGGAUCGUGCGGUAGCAAUAAACACUUCCCAGUACGGCAACGAUGCUCGAUUCAUUCGUCGGUCCUGUAUCCCCAAUUGCUUCCUCGACCACUUUAUCGUGUGCAACAAACUGCGUAUCAUAAUACGCACAACACAGGAACUGAUGCCUGGCGUUGAGUUGACAAUUCCCUUCGACUUCGACUAUCGGUCGUGCCGUUACACCGUUAAGUGCGCUUGCGCUCGUUCACGGUGCCCCGUGCAAAAGUGGUGUCGGAAGCUCGCACGCCACAAAGUGAUGCCCUACCUGGACUAUGGAAAAUUUAUUGAAUCGCGAUUAAAUGCCCUCUCCAAGCCGAUAACGGAAGAGCAGUCACCAACAACACCAUCAAGCACGCGUACCUAUUCGGCUGAAAACUCGCCAGUCCCCAUGUCCUCCACUCAGAAAGCCACUCUGGCUUCUCGUAUUCCCGCCACAACUACAAACAGCCCACAGCGAUUUGUCUCAUCUACCAAGCGCCCCCUUCCCUCAACUCGUCUUUUCACUACCACCAUUGCAAACACCGACGCUCAUAUCACGAGGCUUGAUGAGACGACUGCGAGUACAAAGGCAACCUCUAGCAAUGACACCCCUUCGCCCAGUGCAGAGCCUCCCGUGGCCAAGAAGCGGCCCUCGCCUAGCCCUGCGGGCGCUGAAGAGAAAAAGAGCAGCACCAAGGGGGAUCGAAACUCACCUCUUCCCUUUGAAUCCAUCAUCACAACUCGACGGCAAGCAGCUAGAGCUGCAGCUGCAGCAGCAGCAGCGGCGAUAGCCACGACGAGUAAUGGUUCAAGGAACAGACGAUAG